AUGUAUCUAUUUGCUUGUCCUGGACCUUUUAUAGUCUCUACAGUUCUUAAUCUUAAGUCUGUUGAUGUGAGUGGAGAAGUUAUUGAGCGGUUCUUGUCAAAUUGUCAUGUUCUUGAACGAUUGAGUGUGUAUGAUUUCGAAACUUUGAUUCGUCUAAAAGUUGUGGGCCAAUCACUCACAUUAAAGUUUUUCUUUUUUCUGUUGGAUUAUGUUAUUACAUUGCUUUCCAUUAUAGAUCGGCACCAUAACCAUGUCAUCAACCAGGUUUCAUGUUGCCUUUCUCAGCUAGAAAUUCUAAGAGUCGGUAACAUUUCAGAGGUUUCCAAGAUCGGUGAAGUAAUUCCUAAUCCUAUAUUAACAAAUAUGAAGCAUUUGCAUUUACUUGUCGAUAUCAGCGUACAUGUUUUUCGUCAGUUAAAUUCAAUCAUGAAAGCAUUUCCUUGCCUGCAGAGACUUUUGCUUGCGUUGUCGUAUUUGUUACCUCUCCAAAGAUGUAAGGAGUGUUAUGGAGAAUAUACAAAAGCAGAUAAUUGCUGUUAUAAUAAUAACCUUAAGGUAGUGGAAAUAUUUGGCUACUAUGGUCAUGAAAAAGUUGAUGAAUUUGUCAUGAAUGUUAUAGAAAAUGUUGUUACAGUGGAGAAAAUCAUUAUCGAUCCUCGCGAUUGGUUUUCUUUUCCUUUGGUAGUAUCUGAUGAUGUGGAAGAUAUCUGGGAGCACGCCAGAAUUCAUGCUAUGAAGGAGCUAAAAUCCAAAGUUCCUUCAACUAUAGAAUUUGUAUGCUCAUGA